GAAAAAAUGUAAAAAAUUUUGUAAAUUUUCCAUCUAAAGCACUGUUAAUUUUAGGUUCUUGGUUGUAUUUAUAAAUUUCUUUAAUUAAAUUAUCAUCGUCUCUUUGAGAUAAACUGUGGUUUGUGAGUCAAGUUUACUGUAAAAAGUCAUUGAUUUGGAGGCCAAUACCUAACCUAAAUAUUUGUUUAUAUUUAAGAUUUACCUUUAAUUGUAAACAAAGGGAGUUUUAAAUUAGAAAGCAAAUAAUUUAAUUGUAGAUAACAACCCACACCUAAGUAUGCGUUUCUCUUAUCUAUAUUCAUCAAGUGCUUUAUAUUUCAUUUGAUGACAAUGUGAAAAUUUUCCGUUUGGUGUUAUUUUCUCGAGAUGGUUCAAUAAUGAUUAACCGUGAUUAAUAACUAAAGCCCGGUUAAUUAAACUUUAUAUUCAGUAAAUUGUAAUUGUGCCGAUAAUAAAAAAUGCCUCGCAAGUAUGACAAUAGGCGAAACUACAAUGUAUACAGUAAUUUUCAUGUGGUGGGUAUGGAUAAGGAAAGAGACAGCAUUUACAGUAUACCCUUCUGGAUCGGGCUGUUAGUCUUUGUUUUUCUAUGGGGAAUAUUUGGUGUGGUUUAUUUGUCAGAUGCAGUAUUGCCUACAGCUUUAGAAGUUGCUGAUGAGACUGAUUAUCCAGAUUCAUUUAUUACCGAAAGGGCCGUCAAUGACCUAAACUACCUUACAAGUUUGGGCCCAAAAUUGACUGGUAGUUCUGAGAAUGAAUAUGUUGUGGUUGAAUAUCUUUCAAACACAAUAAGCUCCAUCAUUUCCGAAUCGCAUCCAAAUCAGUACAUCGAGUUUGAUCUACAAAAUGUAACAGGUGGAUAUUAUUUGGACGAUAUAGCAGGAUUCAUGAACGUUUAUGAUCGAGCUCAAAAUGUUAUCGUAAAAUUACAUGGCGCUCAGAAUGAAUCUCAGAAUAGUCUAUUGGUUAAUUCGCAUUUUGAUACUGUUCCCGCUAGUCCAGGCGGUAGCGACGAUGGAAUUAAUGUGGUGAUUAUGUUGGAAAUAUUGCGCAAACUAUCUCUCAGUGAGGAAAGGCAAUCACACAAUAUUAUAUUCCUUUUUAAUGGUGCCGAAGAAGCUCCCUUAAAGACUGCUCAUGGUUUCAUUGCUCAUCAUAAAUGGGCCCAGGAGUGUAAAGUGUUGAUAAACUUGGAAUCUUCUGGAGCAGGGGGAAAAUUGAUUUUAUUCCAAACAGGACCCCAAACUCCCUGGUUAUUGAAAUACUACCGAAAAGUACCCCAUCCUUAUGGAAGUGUUUCAGCUGAAGAAGUAUUUCAAGCUGGAAUAAUCCCUUCUGAUACGGAUUUCAGGAUUUUUAGAGAUUUCGGGAAUUUAGUUGGUGUCGACAUGGCUUACUACAAAGAUGGGUAUAGAUACCAUACGAAAUAUGAUGGUUUCGACAAUAUUCCUUUGGGUUCUUAUCAACAUGGUGGUGAUAACACUCUAGCUUUGGUCAAGUAUUUAGCAAACGCUCCAGAAGUUGCAGAGCAAAACGGAUCGAUUGGCAAUUCAGUUUACUUUGAUGUAUUUGGAUUGUUUAUGAUCGCCUACAGUAACACGACGGCUAUAAUUGUAAAUAUUUCCACUGCAGUUUUAUCUUUUGCAGUUUUAAUUUACAGUUUUAUCAUUUUUGGAACAGGACUGAAAAAAUCAACUAUUAAAUUUUAUCUUUUUACCGUUCUGGCUAUAAUAUUUGGAUGGAUUUUAUCGGCAUUGUAUGUAGUUGGACUAGCUUAUCUACUGGAUCCAUUAAGUAAAACGAUGUCUUGGUAUGGAGCGCCAUGGUUCAUUUUUGGCCUUUAUAUUGUUCCCACUUUUGGAUUAUCUGGAUUUUUGACUUCGUUCGUUAAUAAUCGAUACAACAAUUUUCAGAAUCUCUCAUUGGGAGUGCGGAGCCAAUUACAGGCUCAUUUACUUCGAUUGGUGUGGACUUUCUUGCUGAUUGUUGGAACUAUUUUGAAUAUACGUUCAACAUAUAUUAUUAUGAUUCCCGUUUUAUUCAGUUCUAUUGGAUUUCUGGUUAUUAACGUUUUCCGAUUGCAUCGUACAGUUAGAGUUUGGCUAAUCAUAUAUACUGGUAGUUUGUUAAUCCCAAUUGCUUAUAUAAUAUACCAAGGAUGGUUAUCGUUGGUUUGUUUUAUACCAAUUACUGGCAGAUUGGGAUCUGACAAAAAUCCGGAACUGUACAUUGGGCUUAUAACGUUGUUAUACACCUUGUUAGCUACAUCGCACUUGAUAAUUCUUACAGCUCUAUUAAGACGGUCUCGAUGGUAUUAUUUGGCACUUUCAACCACGUUUGUCGUCUUUUUUGUUCUACUGUUUACCCCUAUAGGGUUUCCUUACAGUGGAGACACAAAUGGACCAACAMCUCAAAGGCACUGGAUUGCUCAUACACAUAGACAAUUUUUCGAUAAAACUGCGAAUCUUACUAGAAACAAUUCUGGGAUUUUAUUGCUGAAUAUGGAUAGAAAUUCGCCCAACGCUGUAAAGGCAUAUGUGCCACAAUUAAAAGAGCCACUAUCGAUAGAAGAUGAUUGCAACCAAUAUACUUUUUGUGCAAUGCCGCUUACUUUGGGUAAAGCAAUCAAAAGAAUUAAAUACAGCUCUUGGAUCGUUGCUAGUCAGCCAAGUUUUCCUGCGAAUGAAACUUUAAAAUUCGAAGUGGUGUCAAAGGAUUAUGUAACCUCUACUCGUUUGAAGUACUUUCUUCGAAUUACAGGACCUGAUAGGCUUGAAUUCUACUUCACACCGAAAACAAACGCAACUUUAUUAAGCGUCUCGCUUAUUGAUGCCGUAGAGCCGACCAAGUUUACAUUUAAGGAUCGUUCAGUUUAUGUGGUUUUGUAUCAGUUGGGAAAAGGCGAUGGUACACCUUUAGAGUUCAAUCUCGUUAUGGAAAUACCGGAAAACCACCAGGGCCCAACUGUUGAUUUGGGUAUAUCUGCACGAUACGUUCACCAGGCUAGGAUUGAAAAGAAUGCGGAAUAUUUAGAGUUUUUAAGCAAAUUUCCAGAUUGGGCACACCUCACAUCCUUCUUAGCGGCCUAUCAAUCCCAUAUUAUAUAAAAGAGAAGACUGGAACAGAGUUCCUGGUAGACAGGAAAUGAUAUUAUUAUUUGUAUUGUUGUUGUUGCUCAACAAUUGGUGAAAUGUUUCUUUAGUGUUAUCCUUUGCCACUUGGUAUUCCAAUGAAUAGUUGUAACAUUUUCUGAAGGAAGUUUUUUAAUAAAUAAAUAGUUUUGGAAAGAUAA